CCGAAGUAAGAAUCAUGUCUGGACGAGGAAAAACCGGAGGAAAGGCCAGAGCGAAGGCAAAGACCCGCUCCUCCCGUGCCGGGCUCCAGUUCCCUGUCGGCCGUGUCCACAGACAUCUGAGGAAGGGUAACUAUGCCCAUCGUGUCGGAGCCGGAGCCCCCGUCUACCUGGCGGCUGUGCUGGAGUACCUGACCGCUGAGAUCCUGGAGCUGGCUGGAAACGCUGCCCGCGACAACAAGAAGACCCGUAUCAUCCCCCGUCACCUGCAGCUGGCUGUCCGCAACGACGAGGAGCUCAACAAGCUGCUGGGAGGAGUGACCAUCGCUCAGGGCGGCGUGCUGCCCAACAUCCAGGCUGUCCUGCUGCCCAAGAAGACCGAAAAGGCCGCCAAGAAGUAAAUCUGGAGACUCGCUGACUGCUGGAAACCAGAAACAAAAAGGCUCUUUUAAGAGCCACACACUCCUGAUAAAGAGCUCCGAUUCUCAUCAAUGCAGCCACGAGACAAUCAUGAACGUGGCAAUACUUUGUUCAUAAAAUAUUACCAUCAAUGGUGAUAAACUACAGUUCAUAGCCCUAAAAACCAUUAACAAUAGUUGUUAUUAGGAACUUAUUACAUUCAAACAACAUUAUUAGCCAGUCUAACGUCUCUGAGUGAUGCCAUUAUGAAAUUCAAAAGUGU